UCCAAGACACCUCGGAACCCUCACCUCCCGGAACGGAUCACUGAGGAACCUGGAGACGCGGGAACCCAGACACCCCGGAACGGGACACUGCGGAAACCGGAGAUCCGGGAACCCGGGCACCCCGCGACGGGAAUCCGGACAUGGAGCUGCUGUCAUUCAAGGAUGUGUCGGUUGAUUUCUCUCCAGAGGAGCGGGGAUGCCUAGACCCUGCUCAGUGGAAUUUAUAUAGAAAUGUGAUGUUGGAGAAUUACAGAAACCUUGUCUCCCUGGGUCUUACUGUGUGUAAGCCCUCCCUGGUCACAUUGCUGGAGCAGAGACAAGAGCCUUGGGAUGUGAAGAGACAACAGUCAGGAGCCAUGUACCCAGGUAGGUAG